GGCGCUAUCGCCCCACUAUCUGGUGAGUUGGCUGGGCCAACCCACUAACACUGUGUGGCGUUGGUAUUAGCUAUGUGCUCCAUCGCUAUGGCCAGCGUUAACCAGCCUCCUCUCACCAACUCAGGAUCAGACCACGAUGCCGUGGCGCGCUUUCCGUGCCAACCUCUAAGACACGGUCUGGCACUCACCCUUGAGCCAGCACCACUAAAGGAAGGCUUUGCAGCGAGGGUGUCGGGAGAAGAAGGAGGAGGAGCAUGAAUUCUUCAGUCUCUCAUCCCUUCCCUGGCUCGCCGCUUCCUUGCGCGCGCCAGUUGGUUGCUUGGGUAACAUGUGGACGCGAGAUACCACCACAACUGGAAUCCAGUGCGCGGUGGUGGCGUGAGGGAGUGUGUCUCGUGCCACACUACCUCUCGUCACGACUCAGGCCGCCUUCACCUUGCACAUUUGGGACACUAGUAGGACCAGAAUCCUCAGUAUCGCACUUUCAUCAUCAGGAUGUCUUGGCUGAUGGCGUGGUUCUGGAACGAGGAUGUGUGGCUGCCCCCUGGCUACACCUGGUACUACCUCACCCACUCCACACACUUCAGCUUCCCUGUCUUCAUGGAUGCCUGGACGUAUCCCUUCGCCAUCGCCGCCGUUUUCAUCGCCUUCCGCUACCUUGUACUUAAUCCCUUCGUGUUCGCACCCUUAGGACGUUUUCUGGGAAUCAAGGAUGUACGGCCUCGCUCCCCAGUUCACAACGAUGACCUAGAGACAGUUUUUAGACGGUACCGCACACGACCGUCUCCUCAGGUGCUCGUGGAAGCGGCCACGGGUUUGGGAUUGACUGAGCGGCAGGUGGAGCGGUGGCUGCGUCAGCGGGCAGCCGUCAGCAAGACUUCACCGCUUACAAAGUUUUGCAAUUUAAUAUGGGAGACUUCCUACUACAUCUCGUACUCGAUACUGGGCGCGGUGGUGCUUUGGGACAAGGAAUGGCUGUGGAACAUCGACCACUGCUUCAUUGGGUUCCCAGAACACAGCGUGGAUGAUUGGGUGUGGACUUACUACAUGGUGUCCCUGGGGUUUUACUGGAGCAUGACCAUCACUCACUUCUUCCAGCAUCGACGGAAAGACUCCACACAGCUCUUUGUGCACCACCUCCUCACCAUCCUGCUCAUUUCUUUCUCGUGGGUUGUGAACUUCGUGCGCAUCGGAACACUUGUGCUUGUGGUUCAUGAGUGCGGCGACAUUCCAAUGCUGCUGGCCAAGAUUUGCAAACUGUGCGGAAAGCAGCUUGGCAUGGAUGCGUUGUUUGUGAUAUUCUUAAUAUUAUGGCUAUGUACACGAGUCGGACUCUACCCAUUCUGGAUCAUGAAGACCACGCUUUUCCGCGCUCACGUGAUCUUACAGGUUUGGUAUCCUGUCUAUUAUAUCUUCAAUGGCCUGCUGCUAGGUCUGCUGCUGAUCCACAUCAUGUGGACUUAUCUCAUUCUCAGGAUUGUGGUACGCAUGCUAUUAUUCAAGGAGAUUUCUGAUGUGCGAUCUUCCUCCGAGGCUUCGGACGAAGACGACGAUACCACCAAGAAGGAGGCGUAGAAGCCACAGCACUCCGCCUUUAUUCUGCUCAUCCCUUACUUUCCCUUCUCCCCGCCCGUUGCCUCUACGGUGAACUGUGGCACUAGUAUCCGCUUGAGAUUUUUGUCUUAGCUAAGUUGAUGCAAGUGAGUGACUAGCAGUUUCAUAUCACAAUAGCGUCGAAACUUAGCCUCAUAGAUUAAGCAUAUCAUUGCGUGCACAAUCUUUGGUAAAGGGAAAAAAAAAAAAAAAAAAACCGCGACCCCCUGCUUGGUGACCGUCGCUUUAGGAACCUGAUUACCAUAUGUGACUGGUGCCUCGCGUCGCCACCUGGGGGAUCCCGUCACCUCACUAGAAUUUGGUUCGCCAGCCAAGCUAUACGGCUUUGUAAUUUAUACAUUCCGCUAUUACUGAUUUGUUUAUUGAUCAAGUGUUCGUCCUUUUGGAGUACAAAGCCUUGCGGCCGCUGUACCGCUUACCAAGCCUCGACGUUGACGAUAGACCUUCUUUUAGCCUCAUCCUCAUCUCUGCUCGGUACACUUCAGCUUCGUGUCACCGCUCUAGCACACAUUCCCGAAAAGCCACAUGCGUCAGGUUAGGGAUGACAAUGCAUCACACAGCCCCUCCCACUGCUGGGCAGGUUAUAAUAGUUAUCAGACUGCCAGUUUCCAAACAAAAACCAUUCCUUACUAGUCUAGAAAAUUAUUAAACUUCAUGCAAAAGGUGUCCCACGUUGGGAAGGGAAGAGAACGAGGCGUAUUUUUAGUCGCAAUCAAAAUUUGAAGAUGAAAGAUCGAAAUUUAAAACGUUUCCUGUUCAAUGCUAUUUUGUAAAUCAAUGAGAUGAACGCUAGGGUAACAAAGCACACUCUCCUGUGAACAAUAGCUGAAUCGAGAUUAACAAAAGAUCGAACGUCAUCCUGAACUCAGAGUUCUGUGAGUCUUAACACCGUCUUUCUUUCCAUCGUUAUUGUAUCUAGCUUCCGUUUUCAUUGUAACUUGAAAGAAAAAAAAUCUGGUGUGAAGAAGGGCACUCGUCCCCUUCCCAUUAAGACCAUGUUCGUUUAGAUACAUAAUGUGUGUGGCUCUUAAAGCGGUACUGCCGGCCUGCCGCCCUCCGUCACUGCUCUUGUUUAUAAUAUUUCAAUACGAUACUGUGUGUGUGUGUGUGUGUGUGUGUGUGUGUGUGUGUGUGUGUGUUCCAAUAUCGAUCGAUAUAAUUUUGUAUUUGCUUGAAUGUUUUUCUGUACACACACACACUCUCUCUCUCUCUCUCUCUCUCUCUCUCUCUCUCUCUCUCUCUCUCUCUCUCUCUCUCUCUCUCUCUCUCUCUCUCUCUCUCUUGUGUGUGUGUGUGCAUGAUUCUUGUUUUUUGCAAUAAAAUAUAAAUCUC